CUUACGGUGUUUUUGUUCUUCACCAUUCUGUGUGAAAUGGAAGAAACUGGCCAGUCCGCGGGUUGUAAAUUACUUUGAUAGGCGUGGAAACAAGUACAAACGCGCUGAAACCACGCGAAAAAUCGGAAUAUUGAGUGCGGAAUGCCUCUGCUGGAGCUCAGAGGGCAAAAGAAGAAACCGUAGGAUAGUUUCGCUACGCUCCGUCAUUCCAAAAGCCACCGUCAGCCAGCGCAUCACAUCUCGGAGUCAGUCAGUGAAAUUGGGUGUGUACUACGCGAAGCUAAAAACGUUAGCAAAAGUAACAGCAACAGCAGCAGUGGUAGUUUGUAGUGUUGUGAAUCGCCCCGUGUGACGAGUUCGUAAUAACCGCAAUUGGAAAAGUGAUAAAGCCUCCGAAAAGUGUGAAAAAACGGUAGAAAAUAGUUCGCGAGUUUGGCCCGUUAUGUGCGCUGAAGCUGAAAAAAAUAUGGUGUAAACAAUUGGCAUCCCACACUCUCAGUUAUCUCUCUCUCUCCCUGCCUUUCGGUGGGCAGACGACGUUGUAUCGUUUCGUGGGUGUGUGUGCGUGCGCGUUUUUGUUCUAAUCGCUGCUUUAUUUUGUUCCAACAAACGUCUCGCGCGUAACAACACAUCACACACUACACAAUUGGUUCUGUGGUGUGGUUCUCCAUAGUGAGUGACUGACAGACGUGACGACGGGGUGACGGAAUCGGUCGCACGGUGGGAAAAAAGCGGAGCGUAGUGUAAUAUUUUUCUGUUUUUCCCGUUCUUUCGAUCGAUUUUCGCAAAUGUUUUCCUCGCCUGCAAAAGCUGUUGUUGGCUAAGGUUGUGUCGUCUGCGGCAGGAAAACGGCGUCUCAGUGGAAGAAGAGAAGAAGGAAAAAAGAACGCCAGGCCAGCCCAGGCUGGAAGAGAAUCCGGUUCGUUUCCUUUUUUUAUAUGGGUGCCGCCGCCGAGUGAGAAUAAUUGUUGUGGCAAGAAAUACAGUGUGUGCAAGGGCUGGAAACUGAGCCGGGAGCCGCCGAUGUGGCUCUGAAGAAGCGGAACCAAGAGUAGAGGCAAAGAAGAAAAUAGUGGUUUAAUAGUGUCCAAAAAAAAACAAGUGUAACCACGGAAACGAGAAUAGGAUAACGACGGCGACAAUGUUCAAAUGCAUCCCGAUCUUCAAGGGCUGCAAUCGGCAGAUUGAGUACGUGGACAAGCGCCACUGCUCGCUGCCAAAUGUUCCGGAGGAGAUCCUGCGGUACUCCCGCUCGCUCGAGGAGCUGCUGCUCGAUGCCAAUCACAUACGGGAUCUACCCAAGAACUUCUUUCGGCUGCAUCGAUUGCGAAAGCUCGGUCUCAGCGACAAUGAGAUCAUGAAGCUUCCCUCAGAUAUUCAGAACUUUGAAAAUCUGGUCGAACUGGACGUCUCGCGGAAUGAUAUCGGUGACAUCCCGGACGACAUCAAGCACUUGCGGAGUCUACAGAUCGCCGAUUUCAGCUCGAAUCCCAUUCCCCGGCUACCGGCCGGGUUUUCACAGCUGCGGAGUUUAACCGUGCUUGGGCUGAACGACAUGUCGCUGACCUCGCUGCCACAGGAUUUUGGCUGCCUCUCGAAGCUGGAAUCGCUGGAGCUGCGGGAGAAUCUGCUCAAAAGUCUCCCCGAGUCCAUCAGCCAGCUGACGAAGCUGGAGCGGUUGGAUUUGGGCGACAAUGAAAUCGAAGAGCUUCCAUCGCAUUUGGGCUACUUGCCGUCGCUGCAGGAACUGUGGCUCGAUCACAACCAGCUGCAGAAGCUGCCGCCUGAGAUUGGAUUACUAAGGAAUUUAGUAUGUUUGGACAUCUCAGAGAAUCGACUCGAGGAGCUACCAGAGGAGAUAGGUGGUCUGGAAAACCUGACAGAUCUACAUCUAUCCCAAAACCAUUUGGAGAUCCUGCCGGACGGAGUUUCGAAGCUAACCAAGUUGACCAUCCUCAAGCUGGACCAGAAUCGUUUGCAUACGCUGAACGAGAGCAUCGGUCAUUGCGUGCACAUGCAGGAGCUGAUUCUGACGGAGAACUUCCUCAACGAGAUGCCCUGUACCGUGGGCAACAUGGUGAUGUUGAACAAUCUUAACGUGGAUCGAAACUCACUGAUAUCGAUACCCAGCGAGUUGGGUAACUGCAAGGCGCUCGGUGUGUUGAGUCUACGGGAAAACAAACUGACGAAGCUGCCCUCGGAGCUGGGCAAUUGCUCGGAGUUGCAUGUGCUGGAUGUGUCCGGCAAUAGGCUGCAAUAUCUGCCCUACUCGCUGGUCAAUCUCCAACUGAAGGCGGUUUGGUUGUCGGAGAAUCAAGCCCAACCGCUGCUAACAUUCCAACCGGACGUGGACGAAGCCACCGGAGAGCAGGUGCUGACGUGCUUUCUGCUUCCCCAGCAGGAGUACGUGCCGGCUAGUCCGGAGAACCGGGAUGACACCGAUUCGGAGGAUUGGGAGGAGCGGGAGGCCUCCCGAACGCAUUCGGUUAAGUUUAGCGAAGAUUCCAAUGUGGACAAAGAUACGCCGUUCGUGCGGCAGAACACGCCCCACCCGAAGGAAUUGAAACUUAAGGCGCACAAACUGUUUGCAAAGGAGAAGAAAUCCGACGAGCUGAGCAGUGGCAAUCUGGAUACCCUGUCGGAGGAGUCCUCUUCGAAGCCAUCGUCGCUUCUGAACAAAACCGGUGCCAUGGCCACCAUGGAUGACAUCCAGGGUGUGAUUGUGAAUGAGGUCAUCGCCGAGGAGGAUUCCAACAAGGAGGAGGACGAGGAAAAUGAGCCGAAUGAGGAUAACGAGGAGAACGAGCGGAAUGAAGAGCACGAGGAGUACGAGGAUGAUGAUGACUACGAGAAGCGGGUGGAAUUCGACGUGAACGAAGAGGAUGAUCGGUACUACGUGGAUGAGAAUGGCGAGCUGCACGAGAAGAUAUCGAACUUUAAGUUGAAACGAAGAGACACCCCACAUCAUCUGAAAAACAAACGCGUGAACCACUCGCUAACUGACCAGAACAGCCUUCUGGUGCUGAACUCAAUCAUGAUGAAGGAAUCCAUUGCACCGUCAGCGAAGACGACAGACGAUGUGACGACUCCAGUGCUUCAACAACAGCCGGAGACGGCGAUGGAGCAGCAACCCAACCCCUCGGGAAAUGACGCCCUGGAUGCGUUCACCGAGCUCAAGGAGGACCGGUUCGAGAUCCACAUCGAGCGCACAUCCGCCGGCCUCGGACUCAGUAUAGCAGGUGGCAAGGGUUCCACCCCGUUCAAGGGCGAUGAUGAAGGUAUCUUCAUUUCCCGCGUGACCGAGGGCGGUCCGGCCGAUCUGGCAGGGCUACGAGUAGGUGACAAGGUACUUAAAGUAAACGGUAUCUCCGUGGAGGAGGCCGACCAUUACGAUGCAGUGGAAGUGCUGAAGGCGUGCGGCUCAGUUCUCGUGCUCUACAUCGCAAGGGAGGUAACCCGAUUAAUUGGGCAUCCGGUGUUUGAUGAGAGUGGUUCAGUAGCGCAAAUCAGUGUCGUCGAGCAACAGCAGCAUCAUGAAGCGCUCCAUCAGCAGCCCCAGCAGCAGCAGCAGCAAAAAGUGAUUGCAGCUCCAAAUUCCGUUGCAGUUGAGCAGCAGCAGCAACGGUCACUAAUGGGUGGAGGCAUUGCAGAUGGAGGAGGCGGAGGCGAAAAUCCGCAUCCGUCGUUCAACGUUGUCGGGCUGCCGAAUGGGAAUGCGGGAACUCCGGCCCCGAUUAGUUUGCUGAACGGAAAUGAAAUUACCCACAAGGUUAUCCUGCACACGACACUCAUCCGGGACCAGAUCGGGCAGGGUUUGGGGUUCAGUAUAGCCGGCGGCAAGGGACACGCCCCGUUCAAGGAUGGCUCCGAGGGAAUCUACAUCUCGAAGAUAACCGAGAAUGGGGUUGCCCACAAGGACGGUAAGAUUCUGGUGGGCGAUCGUGUGCUGGCGAUUAAUGGAGUUGACAUCACCAACGCCCACCACGACAAUGCGGUCCAGCUGUUGACCGAUCAUCAGCGCUUCGUGCGGCUGGUGGUCCAGCGUGAAGUGAAGGGAUCAAUGGAUCUGCCAGCUAGUCCGCGGAGUCCAAUGACAAAGGUUCUCAACCCCAGCGGGUACAUGGCAAAUAGACCAGCCUACUCGGGUUACCGGCGUUCCAUUGAAGAUCCAGCCGAACUGAUCCAGUCAGGAGAAACAAUCAUUCAACAAACCAAGUCGGGACCGGAGAUGGUGCAUACCACAACAGUUCACAAGCAAUCAUUACAACAAUCACAACAGCAACAGCACUAUCAACUACAACAACAACAACAACAACAACAACUGCAAAGCUCAUUCGCACAAUCACCAACAUCAUCAUCAUCAUCAUCAUCACAGUUUUCACCACAACAACAAUCACAGCAACAGCAACAGCACCAUACAAUGGCGACCGAAUUGCAACAGUCGCAGCAACCGCAACAACAGGCGCCACUACCAGCCCCACGAAAAGUAUUAUCCCAAACGUCUGUAAAUAACGGCAACCAAAUUAGCAAUGGUAGUAGUUCUAACAACAUCAUCAGCAGCAACAGCAACAACACAAACGGUAGUAGUAGCACUCCCCACCAGCAAUCAUCACCCUCAUCCACAUCAUCGGCGACGACGACGACGUCGACUUCGACAACCGAAGCGGACACAAUAAUCAAUGGUACAAGCAAUAAUAGUAGUAUCGUAGCGAAGGAAAGUAGCGGCGAAGAUUCGCAGGCACUGGUCCGACCCAUGACGAGUGCCGACUUCCAGGCGAUGAUCCCGUCGCACUUUAUCAGCGGAGGCCGCCAGGUACGGGUGGAACGGUCAGGAGGAGGUUCGGGUGCUUCCGGGGCCCACUCGUCGUCGUCGGAGCAUGGACCCUCGGUCACCGUGACGGUCCAGAAGGCCGUCCCGGACGUUCCGAUGUUGCCGCCAGCGCCGACCGAGCUCGGCACCGUCACCGAGACGAUCACAAAGUCGACCUUCACUGAGACGGUAAUGACUAGGGUUACUGACAAUCGGUUAUUGGAACCACUAAUCAGUGAGGAGGUAGUACUGCCAAAGGAUCAAGGCUCGCUCGGUUUCAGCAUAAUCGGUGGCACUGACCACUCUUGCACGCCAUUCGGGGCUCACGAGCCAGGAAUUUUCAUCUCACAUAUCGUCCCCGGUGGCAUCGCGGCCCUGUCCGGCAAGCUGCGCAUGGGUGAUCGCAUCCUGAAGGUGAACGGAACGGACGUCACGAGCGCCACCCACCAGGAAGCGGUGAUGGAACUGUUGCGACCGUGCGAUGAAAUCAAACUGACCGUUCAACACGAUCCACUACCUGCCGGAUUCCAGCAUUUUGAAAUAGUUUGCUUGAAAACGGAGGAAGUGCGAAUCGUCAAGCAGGAAGGCGAACGGCUCGGUAUGCAUAUCAAGGGUGGCCUCAACGGGCAGCGGGGCAAUCCACUGGAUCCGGCCGACGAAGGGGUGUUCAUCUCGAAGAUCAACAGCUCGGGAGCGGCCAAGCGGGACAGCCGGCUGCGCGUGGGAAUGCGCAUCCUCGAGGUGAACGGUACCUCGCUGCUGGGGGCAACCCACCAGGAGGCGGUGAAUUCGUUGCGUGCCUCCGGGAACGAGUUGCAUCUGGUCGUGUGCAAGGGUUACGAGAAGGGCGAUCUGAUGCAUCAGUCGAUCGGUAGCGCCGGUGGUAUGAGCGCAGGCAUAAGCAAUAACGGGCAUAGUACGAGAAUUGGUUCUCGAGCAUCGGAAACCGGCUCCGAGCUGAGUCAGAGUGUAUCGAGCUUGGAUCGAGACGAUUCAAUCAUUGCUGCCGACCCGCUGCGAAAAAUUAGCGUAGACAGGGUACCGGAAGAGGAAGACGUAACGUACACGCCCCAAGCGACUGAACCAGUGUCAGCAGUCCCUCAGCACAGGCCACAUCCCAGUGCAGUGGCGGCGGCGACAGUGGCUGUGCCUCAGUCUCAAAACAAUCGGUUCACGCCAGUUGUAGAACAAUCACAAGCCCUCAUGAGUACUCGGGAGAAGAGCACACCGGAAAAGGUCUUGGACAUUGUGCGGGCAGCCGAAUCUCUAGCGCUCGGCGGUAGCAAUCUGGUCGAAAAUGGUCCACCCAAAUCACCCACAGAACCUCCAGCGGCAGAUAAUCUGCAGAAGACCACCACCAUCGUGAUGUCGAAACACACGCUGGACACGCAUGCGCCACAGGUUGACCGUCGAUAUGGAAAUAUCCGGCCAUUGUUGCAUGCAAACAACCCUUCUAAAACCUCAAUUAACUCCUCAUCCACUAGUACUGCUAUAACUACUACCACCACAGCCACCACUAGUUCUACUACCUCCUCUGCCAAUACUAACCAGCAAAACGACUACCGGCACAUUAACGCCGCCGCCAUUACCACAAGUAUCGCAGCUAGGGACACAACUCCGCUGCCGUCGACGAAACGCUACAUUCCAGUUCAUGCGCCAAGUCCCUCGUACGGCGAUCACUCGUCGAGCUCGAAAGAACCUUCGCCGGAAAAACCUCCGGCUCCGAUGCAUCGCUCGGUAACGCCCACCACGACCACCGGCCAUCGUAAAUCGGUCAGCUUUGAUCUGGACGAACCAGGUGAUGAAUACAGAGUUGGUUCCGUUGAACGGACGGAGCUAGCACCGGCUCAUAUUCACACGUGGAAGGAUGCAAACAAUAACAGUGGCGGCGGCGGCGCCGGAGGCGUUCAGCUGAAGGGGAUACUGCGCAGUGGAAGUCCCACCAAUUCCGGCCGAAGUCGUAGCACUACGCCGGAGGAAGAUGUGCGUUCACGGUACUCUGCAACCGCGAUUGUGGGUGAAUAUGUCAGCGAGCAAGAUGAGACCGAGGCCGAGACCGAGAGCGAAGGUGAAGGAAGUGAGAUCGAGCAACCGAAUCCGUUCCGAGAGGAGAUCUUGAGGCGACCGCCUUCAAGACUGGAACGACCCCUGUCGAGGGAGUUCAAAAGGGCGGAGAUCGUUCCGAACGCGGCGAUUCGUAGCAUGGAGCAGGAGUUUGGCCAGGGAGACUUUGUCGAGUACGAACAUGAUGCCCGGACCAAUACGAUUCGAGAGGUUCGAAGUUCGACGCAAAAUUUGACGACCCGCAGUACGGAGCGAUUGCCGAACUACGACAAAAUCGAGCAGAUAUCGGCAAAAUUUGACGUUCUGCCAACGAGGAAGCGACCGGAUUUCGUUCACGAGAACAACGUCGAGAAUAUUCUUGUACCGGAGGCUACUCAUCGUCAAGUGCUGCUGGAGGAAAAUCGAAGAAGGAACGAACUAACGGCGCGGUCAACGAAUCCCUUUCUAGUGGAUGCUGGAUACGAUCAGCUAUCGCAACAUUUCGUAUCCCCUGUGCCACCAACACAACACACGCCGUACAAUUGGUCCGGUUCGAUGGGUCAGUUACCUUCGCAAAUCUAUCCACCGAUUCAGGUGCUACCUGUGCACUACACGAAGCUACCAACUCCUCAGCACACGGUUUACACCUUCACAUCGCCACAGCAACCUCCUCACCCUCAGCAGCAACAUCACCAACUGCGACAACCGACACCACCGCAACGGUAUGGAAUGCAAAGCUAUAACCUCAUGGCACAGACACCACUGUCACCCCAACCUCCACAACAACUGCCAAUGACGACGGCGGUUGGGUUUGCACCGGUGCCAUCGGUACUAGAACAUCAACCCGCCACCAUCACUAGUGGGGGUGCCGUUUACACCUUCAACAGUAGUAACAGUCACCAUCAGCAUCAUUUCCAUCAUAACAACAACAACAGCGGAACGUCCCCUCCGCCAGCGCAGAAAACGCCCAAGAGUGUCUCCGACAAGAAGCGGUUCUUCGAGAAUGCAAUGGAGGACCAAACCAAGCAGACGCCAAAAGCCGAUAAAGUUUUCUCCUUCCUUUCGCAAAAUGAAGUCGAGAAUCUGAAGCAGGAGGAGGAGCGAAAGAUUGCAACGCUUGGCCGGAGGCGCAUCCAGGAGCGAGCCUACGAACCAGAGGACGAGGAUGAGUACUGCUGCUCGGGGGAUGAUGAUGAUGAUGAUGAUGAGCAGCAGGUCCGUCGCGAUGGCUACGGAAAGCCCGACGAGAAUGACAAUGAUAUGAGCCUUAACAAUCAACCGCCAGCAACAACAACAACAACCACCUCAACAAACCUAGGGCUGGUCCAUCAUCACCCGACAAUCCAUGAGGAGGAGUCGCCGACACCCACCGGUUUACUGCAAGCGGCGGUUUCGCCACAGGUCAGAACCCCCGUUAGCCGUAUUCCGAUUCGGACGGCCAACGCCGAGAAGCGAGCCCGUGCCAGUGACAUGCUGCCCCCGGAGUACGACGAGUCCAAGCUAAGCCCAUCGGAGAUCCGAGCGCUGAGGGCCCAAAAACGCGCUGCCUGGCGGCAGGCUCGCCUCAAGUCGCUGGAAAACGACGCCCUGCAAGCACAAAUUAUGAUCCAAACCAUGAACGCCGUUACGAUGCACGAGGAAAAUGGUCAACAACAACAACAACAGCAGCAGCAGACCGGGCCUAACAAUCCGAUCGUGCUGCACUUGAAGUCGGAUUACGAUUCCUAUCCAGUGACCGGAAAUAACAACGGCGACGAACAGCAGACGACAUCCAGCAGCGACGAGUACCCACCGAUGAUCGCACCGAAACCGGUCCGCUUCCCGCGGAUAGCGAUCAAGUCCAAAUCAACGGGUAACGAGGUCGUAGUCCGCGAGACGGAGAAGGUCGUCGAGGAGAAGGUGAUCCAGCAGCGGACGGAGGAGGUACCCGGGGGAGGACUCCGCACGGUCGAAUACGUCGAGAAGGUCAUCGAGACGGAGGUUGAAACGAUGCGCGAGAAGAUCAUCAUGCUCGAACUGGAGGAGCCCUCGUCGGGAAGCAGCGAAAAACAGUCACUCCAGCAGCAGCGCGAUGAUAAGGAGCGAUUCGACGACCACGAUGAUUCCACCGAGGCGGCCGAUGUGUCCCUGGAGGAAGACGAGUACGACUGCUCGGGCGAUCAGCUCGAUAGUAUAGAUGAACGUGAAGAGUCGCAGCAUCAGCGCGUGAGAACAACGCUGCAGACAAUCGUGGAGGUGGUUAAUCCGGCCGUUGUGGGGGUCGGAGGUGGUGCCGGACAGGUCAACGAUAUCAUCAUCGGGCGCUACAACGACGACUGCGGCGGGGAGGAUUCGUUCGCUUCGGCGUCAUCGCCGUCGGCCUAUGGGACGAUGUUCGCCUACGAAGAGGGACGCUACGAGUCGAUCAACGACAAGAUGAAGAACGUUCUGCGGGAGCUGAAGCAGAACAAAAAGGUGAGACUGAAUCUGUCCAAGAGUUUGACCGAGGAGGAACUUGCCGAGCAGGUGGAUGAACCAGCAGCCGGUGAGGAGGAGGAAGACGAGGAUGAAGAAUUCCGACGGCAGGAGCAGAUGAUUCAGCAGCAAGAAGAGGAAGAGUUCCGUCACUACGAGGAGAAAACCGGUGCAAUAGGGACGGUGUUUAUGGUGCGCGAGCGACUCAUUAACGAUUUCUACACCCACCAGAGUGAGCUGGCACAAGAUCACCAUUAUCAGCCGCAGCCGCAGCAACAAUCAUCACUGGGGGAGGAUUACUACGACGACGAAGACGGCUGCGAGGUGAUUCAGAAUCCCAACGCGCAAGCUUUCGAAGAUGAGCUGGAAAAGAUGCACAGCUUAACCAAGCUGCAAAAGCUGACGCUGCACGACGAAAAACUGAAAGCGGUCUUCUGCGAUGAUGGGGACGAUGACGACUACGAGGAGGUGGUGAUGGUGGGAGGCGAUUCCACUGCGGGAGAGAUUGGAACGAGUAGAAAAAGCAGCAGUGCGGGUGUGGAGAAACCGAGCGGCAUUCCCGUUGCGGCCAGCAAUGCUGGUUCGAAGAAGAAAAAGCGGAAAGGUAAGAAGAAAAAGUAAGCGCGAGAAAAUUUUAGUUAGUAAGAGUGUCUCAUCCGUCCCGAAUCACAAAUUGCGAUGCAACAGGUAGCGUUUUAAGGAACGAUACGCGCGAAACAUUUACGUAUGUUUUAACGUGGGUUCCUCUCCGCCUCGUGUGAGAGGAAUAUUAGUAUUUUAAUUCGUACAGGAACUAUUCCAUUCUUAUUCCCAUAAUUUUAUAUUUGAGAGAAGAAGAGAGAGGGUCAGGGAAAGUAGCUAAUCAAUCGGACCGACAAUAAAUAAAGAGUUAAAUGUUCGAUUCAUUGAGUAAAGUCUUAGUUCGCAGAGGGACUAUUGUCGAAGUUUUUAUUUGCUCGUACUAUUCGAAGUAUAUUAAUAUAUAUUUAUUUAUGUAUGUCGAUCCCAGGAAAUUCAAUUCACAAUUGUCUAAUCAUUUAUUAAUACUUGCAAUGUCUAAAGUAAGAAUGAUUGAGAGGAGGAAGAUGCAUCCGAAAACACUAUACUAUAUUGAUUUAAGAUGGUAAACGUUUUUAAACCAACCCUCUUAUUAAUUGGAGAGACAUAUUUUUCUCGAUGAUACUAAAUAAUAAAAAGUACUGUUUCCUCGAAACACGACGAAGCGGUCGAAUCGAUCGAUAGA